AUGGCUACAAACUGUGCUAGUUGCCAUUCAUUGGUAAAUCGCUCGAAGCCAGGUAUACCGUGCGAUGGUUUUUGUGAACAGUCUUUUCACAUUUCUUGUGUGGGAAUUCCAUCAGAUGUAUUGAAGAUAAUAAAAACACCUGGUUUAUUCUGGUACUGUCCUACAUGCUCUCAGCAGAAAAAAGAUUUUGAUCGAGUAUUUAUCAAAAUUGAUGAUAAAGUAGAUACACUUAUUGCUGAUGUUUAUAAUAUUUUCUCCGAGGCUAAAGGUCAUCUGAUAAAUAAGGUUGAUGAAACUUUGGAACAGACUGUCUCACAAAGGGUCCCGGGUCCAAGUGCCUCAUAUGCAAAUACCUUGAAAAAGACUGUGAACGUGAUUGUUACGCCAAAAAACAAUGAUCAGUCUCAUUCUGCUACGAGGCUUAGAAUUAGUCAGUCUGUUGACCCUGUAGAUAACAAUAUAAGAUUUUCUCAGGUGAAAAAUAUAAAAAACGGUGGAAUACUGAUCAAAUGUGAUGGUUCGGAUAAACUGAAGGAUUUGGCGUCGCGGCACCUUUCUGCCGAUUAUGAGGUGAAGGAGGUGAGGAAGUUCAACCCGCGCUUAAAAAUUGUUGGAAUGUCUCAGUGUAUCGAAAAAGAGGAGUUGUGUACAAUGCUGAAAUCUCAAAAUAAUGCGUUUCAUGCUGAAAGUGAGUGUAGUGUUUUAAAAGUUUGGCCAACAAAAAAAUCAGCUACUGUUUAUCAAGCUAUUUUAGAUGUAGAUUGUACUACUUAUGCUAAUGUUCUCAAUCAAGGGAGUGAAAAUGGAUUCAAAUUAGUAGAUAUGACCUAUGAGGAAUUAAUGUGCGAAAUUAGUUAUGUUGACGCUAAGGCGAUACCUUCAGAUUCUGGAUCAAUCUUGGACCAGUCAGAAGAUGAAGUACAAAAUAUCGACACUGACUUUACCAAUAUUUUGCAGUCUGACAGCGAAUCAGAUUCGGAGUGUGACCUCCCUCUCUCAGUUUUACAAAUGAAGAUGGCACAAAAUAAAGACACUCGUGAUUGGUCCAAAGAUAGGGUACCAAAAGAACCAAGAGACUUCAUUGCUGACGCAGGAAUAACUGAUAUAGCAAAAAAGGAGGAAAAUUUCAGGUCUUCUCGCACUAGCGGAACAGAACAAGAUGGCCCUCCGAUAGUGGAAGGAAGUCCCCUCCCAAAAUUUAAUUUUUUCGACUUGCCAUUCCCAAAUAUAGUUGUAUGCCUGACCAUUAAGAGCCAAACGUUGUCGGCUAAUCCCAAAAUGAGAAGGUUCCUAAUAUAA